CUCUGUUGAGGCAUCCUUACACCUGUAAGAUAUUAAUCAUAAAGACGGAACAUAAUCACUUAUCAGAAACACAGUUUGGCCAUGGAUAAAAAAGGUGGUGUUCCACAUAUAUCAGACAUGAGGAUCGUGCUGUUGGGAAACAGAAAUGCUGGGAAGAGUUCAUCAGGAAACACCAUCCUGGGCAGAAAGGAGUUUGGUACUGCAGGGAGAACAGCUGAGUGUGUGAAGAGAGAAGGAGAAACAGCAGGCAGACACAUCACUGUAGUGGAGGCACCAGGAUGGUGGGUAAACCCCACGUUAGAGAAAACUCCUGAACGUGAUAAAGGAGAGAUUGUCGUCAGUGUGUCUCUGUGUCCUCCAGGACCCCAUGCUCUAGUACUAGUCAUUGAUGUGAGUGACCCAUUCACAGAGAGAGACAGAAGAGCAGUGCAGGAACACAUGGAGCUUCUGGGUGAGAGAGUCUGGGGUCACACUAUAGUGCUGUUCACCAGAGGGGACUGGCUGGGAGACACAAGCAUUGAGCAGCACAUUGAGAGUGGAGGAGAGGCUCUGCAGUGGGUUGUAGAGAAAUGUGGGAACAGGUACCAUGUUGUAGACAAUGAGAAGAGUGAUGGUGGCCAGGUGACAGAGCUGCUGGACAAGAUAGAAGAGAUGGUGGCAGGAAACAGAGGUCAUCAUGUAGACUUUGAUGCAAAGAUCAUAAAAGGACUGAUGAAGAGGAAGAAAGAAGAAAAGAGAAGAGCAGAAGAGAGGAAGAUGAAGGUGAAGAAACAGAGAGAGACUCUCAGAUCAUCAGCAGGUGGUGUUCCUCACAUGUCUGACAUGAGGAUCGUGCUGCUGGGAGGACGACUUCAGGGGAAGAGUUCAUCAGGAAACACCAUCCUGGGCAGACAGGAGUUUGGUACUGCAGGGAGAACAGCUGAGUGUGUGAAGAGAGAAGGAGAAACAGCAGGCAGACACAUCACUGUAGUGGAGGCACCAGGAUGGUGGGAAAACUACACUGUAGAGAAAACUCCUGAAUGUGAUAAAGGAGAGAUCAUUCUAUGUGUGUGUCUGUGUCCUCCAGGACCCCAUGCUCUAGUACUAGUCAUUAAUGUGAGUCAGACAUUCACAGAGAAACACAGAAGAGCAGUACAGGACCACCUGGAGCUUCUGGGUGAAAGUGUCUGGAAUCACACUAUAGUGCUGUUCACAUUUGGGGACAGGCUAGGAAACGCAAGCAUUGAACAGCAUAUUGAGAGUGGAGGAGAGGCUCUGCAGUGGGUUGUAGAGAAAUGUGGGAACAGGUACCAUGUUGUAGACAAUGAGAAGAGUGAUGGUGGCCAGGUGACAGAGCUGCUGGAGAAGAUAGAAGAGAUGGUGGCAGGAAACAGAGGUCAUCAUGUAGACUUUGAUGCAAAGAUCAUAAAUGGAUUGAUGAAUAGGAAGAAUGAGGAAAAGAAAAAAGCAGAGGAGAGGAAGACAAAGGUGAAGAAACAGAGAGACUCUCUAAGAUCAUCAGCAGUUGGUGUUCCACAUAUAUCAGACAUGAGGAUCGUGCUGCUGGGAUACAGAAAUGCUGGGAAGAGUUCAUCAGGAAACACCAUCCUGGGCAGACAGGAGUUUGGUACUGCAGGGAGAACAGCUGAGUGUGUGAAGAGAGAAGGAGAAACAGCAGGCAGACACAUCACUGUAGUGGAGGCACCAGGAUGGUGUAUAGACUCCACUGUAGAGCUAACUCCUGAACGUGAUAAAGGAGAGAUUGUCCUCAGUGUGUCUCUGUGUCCUCCAGGACCCCAUGCUCUAGUACUAGUCAUUAGUGGGUGUGAGUCGUUCUCAGAGACACAAGGAAGAGCAGUGCAGGAACACAUGGAGCUUCUGGGCAAGAGAGUCUGGAGUCACACUAUAGUGCUGUUCACCAGAGGGGACUGGCUGGGAGACACAAGCAUUGAGCAGCACAUUGAGAGUCGAGGAGAGGCUCUGCAGUGGGUUGUAGAGAAAUGUGGGAACAGGUACCAUGCUGUAGACAAUGAGAAGAGUGAUGGUGGCCAGGUGACAGAGCUGCUGGAGAAGAUAGAAGAGAUGGUGGCAGGAAACAGAGGUCAUCAUAUAGACUUUGAUGCAAAGAUCAUAAAUGGAUGGAUGAAUAGGAAGAAGGAAGAGAAGAGAGGAGCAGAGGAGAGAAAGAUGAAGGUGAAGAAACAGAGAGAGACUCUCAGAUCAUCAGCAGGUGGUGUUCCACAUAUAUCAGACUUGAGGAUCGUGCUGCUGGGAUACAGAAAUGCUGGGAAGAGUUCAUCAGGAAACACCAUCCUGGGCAGACAGGAGUUUGGUACUGCAGGGAGAACAGCUGAGUGUGUGAAGAGAGAAGGAGAAACAGCAGGCAGACACAUCACUGUAGUGGAGGCACCAGGAUGGUGGGCAAGCUACACUGUAGAGGAAACUCCUGAACGUGAUAAAGGAGAGAUUGUCCUCAGUGUGUCUCUGUGUCCUCCAGGACCCCCUGCUCUAGUACUAGUCAUUAGGGUGUGUGAGUCGUUCACAGAGACAUUCAGAAGAGCAGUGCAGGAACACAUGGAGCUUCUAGGUGAGAGAGUCUGGAGUCACACUAUACUGCUGUUCACCAUAGGGGGCUGGCUGGGAGACACAAGCAUUGAGCAGCACAUUGAGAGUGGAGGAGAGGCUCUGCAGUGGGUUGUAGAGAAAUGUGGGAACAGGUACCAUGUUGUAGACAAUGAGAAGAGUGAUGGUGGCCAGGUGACAGAGCUGCUGGAGAAGAUAGAAGAGAUGGUGGCAGGAAACAGAGGUCAUCAUGUAGACUUUGAUGCAAAGAUCAUAAAUGGAUUGAUGAAGAGGAAGAAGGAAGAAAAGAGAAGAGCAGAGGAGAGGAAGAUGAAGGUGAAGAAACAGAGAGAGACUCUCAGAUCAUCAGCAGGUGGUGUUCCACAUAUCUCAGACAUGAGGAUUGUGCUGCUGGGAGUACGAAAUGCUGGGAAGAGUUCAUCUGGAAACACCAUCCUGGGCAGACAGGAGUUUGGUACUGCAGGGAGAACAGCUGAGUGUGUGAAGAGAGAAGGAGAAACAGCAGGUAGACACAUCACUGUAGUGGAGGCACCAGGAUGGAGAAAAAAAAACACUGUAGAGCAAACUCCUGAAUGUGAUAAAGGAGAGAUCAUUCUAUGUGUGUGUCUGUGUCCUCCAGGACCCCAUGCUCUAGUACUAGUCAUUAAUGUGAGUCAGUCAUUCACAGAGACAAACAGAAGAGCAGUGCAGGAACACAUGGAGCUUCUGGGUGAGAGAGUCUGGAGUCACACUAUAGUGCUGUUCACCAAUGGGGACUGGCUAGGAGACACAAGCAUUGAGCAGCACAUUGAGAGUGGAGGAGAGGCUCUGCAGUGGGUUGUAGAGAAAUGUGGGAACAGGUACCAUGUUGUAGACAAUAAGAAGAGUGAUGGUGGCCAGGUGACAGAGCUGCUGGACAAGAUAGAAGAGAUGGUGGCAGGAAGCAGUGGAGAAUGGAGCAUGCAUCAACCUCCAAUAUGCCAUGGGAAGGUUCGCAUCAUUGAGGUGCAAGAGGCAGAUGAGGAAAAUAUUAUUUCCUUUGAGGAUGUUGGCGGCACUCAGCUGCUCUCUGCCUCUGCUCCAGUGGUGUGGUGUAGCAUGGAGGAAAAGAUGGCCCAGGUUUUCAUGCCCCGAAGCCUGCCGACCACCCUUGGCAACCUGCCAUCGUCCCGCCUGGCCUCUGGUCCAUCCAGCACUCCCUCUAACGAGUCCACCCCACCCUUGGCCUCUGCUGCAUCCAGUUCUGCCUCUAACAAGUCCAACACCCCACCCCUGGCCUCUGCUGACUCCAGCUUUACCCCCAACGUCUCCCCAGACUCCUCCCUGGAUGAUGCCCGCCGCACCUUCUCAAGGCUGUCCCUCCUGGACGCCCCCUCAUCUCUCCCCCCAUCCCACCUCGAGGUCACCCCGUCCCAGCUUCCCCCCCUGGACCUCUCGGCCCUCCUGAAGGCGCUGGGGGCCACUAGCAGCAGGGUCGCCCCUCUGCCCCCCAUCCAGGUCAGGGAAGCCGAGGAGAGGGAGGACAUGGAGAGCGGUAUGCAGUCAACUGAGGAAUCAGAUGAUGAUGAAAUGGCCACAGUUGUGGUGUGGUCAUGUGACCAGGAAUUGGAGGAGGAGGACAGGUCAUGUGACCGGGAAGUGGCCGAGGAGGAACUGCAGAAGAGGACGAAGAAGAGGAAGAGCUUCAAGAACAGACGGAACAUAAUCACUGGUCAGAAACACAGUUUGGCCAUGGAUAAAAAAGGUGGUGUACCACAUAUGUCAGACAUGAGGAUCGUGCUGCUGGGAAACAGAAAUGCUGGGAAGAGUUCAUCAGGAAACACCAUCCUGGGCAGACAGGAGUUUGGUACUGCAGGGAGAACAGCUGAGUGUGUGAAGAGAGAAGGAGAAACAGCAGGCAGACACAUCACUGUAGUGGAGGCACCAGGAUGGUGGGUAAACCCCACUUUAGAGAAAACUCCUGAACGUGAUAAAGGAGAGAUUGUCCUCAGUGUGUCUCUGUGUCCUCCAGGACCCCAUGCUCUACUCCUGGUCAUUGAUGUGAGUGACCUAUUCACAGAGACAGACAGAAGAGCAGUGCAGGAACACAUGGAGCUUCUGGGUGAGAGAGUCUGGAGUCACACUAUACUGCUGUUCACCUAUGGGGACUGUCUGGGAGACACAAGCAUUGAGCAGCACAUUGAGAGUGGAGGAGAGGCUCUGCAGUGGGUUGUAGAGAAAUGUGGGAACAGGUACCAUGUUGUAGACAAUGAGAAGAGUGAUGGUGGCCAGGUGACAGAGCUGCUGGAGAAGAUAGAAGAGAUGGUGGCAGGAAACAGAGGUCAUCAUGUAGACUUUGAUGCAAAGAUCAUAAAUGGAUUGAUGAAGAGGAAGAAGGAAGAAAAGAGAAGAGCAGAGGAGAGGAAGAUGAAGGUGAAGAAACAGAGAGAGACUCUCAGAUCAUCAGCAGGUGAGACACAUUUCCAGUCAUACUCCCUCCUUUGCGACUGUGUGUCCCUUUGA